AUUUGUGCAUACGGAUAUCUAAGGGAGAGGAUAGGCUGCUUGUAAACAGAGGUUAAAUACAUUUUCCUCGCCAUAUGGAAACCUUCACAAUGACCUGUGACACUCUUAUAAAUAAGGAAAUAUAAUUAAAAGCCGACAGGGGACAGCCAGGAAAGUUCUAGUAAACAACUACAGCUUAUCGGCGAGCGUUCAGGGGUAAUCGAGGUGGGUCUGGAUGUUUUUCGACCAGCCCCCUCGCCCUAUUCCCUCCCCCGGCGCUACUCACCCCAAUCCCCAAACAUUGUUGGAAGUUGGAGAGAGUCCAUUUCAGAGGCAGGAUUACAGUUUAGUUCAGCUGUCCGUGUGCUUCAUAGGCGUGCGCACUCCCUGGAUCUCAAAACCAUAGGCUACAUGUAUUUCUCAUCUAAAUGGUAGUCACUGGGAAUAUAUACGAGGAAUACUGAACCGGAAUUUUACCGGAUUGUGUGGAAAUCUUUUCUUGUAGCCGACUAUACUUUCCAACCUCAAUCUGAGACGUCGUGCUGUUUCAGUUUUGAAAGAGGCACAUUAAUCAGGGAGGAUGUAUCUUCCAGCGGUGUUGAUGCUCUGCGUACAUUUGGCCCCAGCUUUGGCGUCCACUAUUGAUGACAUGAAAGAUGCAGACAGUCCGUUUCACUAUGAUUACCAGUCGCUUCGAAUCGGAGGCCUGAUCUUCGCCGUGGUGCUGUUCAUCAUGGGCAUCCUGCUCGUGAUCAGCCGAAAAUGUCGCUGCAAAUUAAAUCAGAAACGGGCUGGGCCAGCUGAGGCAGAGGCAGCAGCCAUUAACUGUGAGAAGUAAAUAUAAGAGAUGGGUGUCUGACCGUGCCACUAGAGAGCAAUCUGAGACCGAAACCCGAAGAGGACUUCCCUAACUUAAAUGAUCCCUUUGAGCGGAGGAAGCUUCUGUAAAUUCCUUCCUGGUCUCUCUCUCUCUCUCUCUCUCUCUCUCUCUCUCUCUCUCUCUCUCUCUCUCUCUCUCUCUCUCUCUCUCUCUCUCUCUCUCUCUCUCUCUCUCUCUCUCUUCUGUUUUUCCCGUUUCCCUCCUUUUUCUAUACAAUUCACUGUUUUGAAAUGGUUUUGAGAAGGAUGUUAAUUGAAUGUGUUUGUCUUAUGUAAACAGCCGUUUGAUGUUCCGACACAAUAAACUGUUUCAUUGUU